ACACACACACACACUGGCAGCAUCGCGAGACCCACACACAUUCUCACUCAUAGCAUCAUCACGGCUCUGCUCUGCUGCACCACAGAGAGAGGCAUGCACUCUCUCUCUCUCUCUCGCUCUCUAACACACACACAUAUAGACACACGUGUGCUGCAGGAGAUCUGAGUGCUAGGUCGCUGAGCAGUCACCCUCUCUCUCUCUCUCUCUCUCUCUCUCUCUCUCUCUCUCUCUCUCUCUGUGCCCCUCCCUAUACUGCGCACUCUCUCUCUGUUCACCUUGGCUACUGGGUGGUGUGGAGUUAUUGUUGCGUCAGAACCAGAGAGAUCCAGAGACAGCCAUGCCGGGGGAGAGCUCUCGCAGAUCUGUCCCCAAAGAAAGACAUCCGGAGCUUGGAGCAGAGCAGACAGGCCUGCCUAAACCAGACAUGACCAGACAUGCCUCCACUGAUUCCACCCCUAGUGACAGUGGCUCGACCCCUAGUGACAGCGGCUCUAGUCCCUCCCCCAGCACCCCUCAGAAGCUGCUCCCAUCAUGCACCUCUCCGUUUGGGCCACGGCUGGUUCGGGCCACACCUAGCUCCUCCGCGACCCCGCGACCCCAGCCUGAAGGGUCAGACCGUCGCCACAGUAACACGGUCCGACUUAGCGGUACGUUUGGAGGUCACGGACCCUGUGGACGCCGCAGCGGACCCGUGAAGAUGGAGAGAAUCAAGGUUCUGAUGGGCUCAGAGGUGGAGAGCGACUACAAGGAACCAGAGAACACGGACACACGGGUGGUGAUGGGCCAGGAGGCCCUGCUCAAGACCAAGAAGACCCUGACAGGGAAGUGCCCAUGCGGGCAGAGCAGCCAGGCGAUACCCCUGCCUGGAGGCCCAGUCUUGGAGGUCCCUAAGCCUCCCUUAGAGCCCCAGGCCGAGGCUGGAGAAAAGGCCCAACUGGACAAAGGGCAGGAGAGAGACAAUUCACCUCUGACCCCAAAGAUGGAGCAAGAGCAGGAGAGAAUCCCUGUCCUGCCCAUUAGCCCACUCCUCACCCCUCUCCUAACCCCCCUCAUCCCUGCCUCCCCUCCCCCCUCAGAGCCAGUCACAGUGGAUGUUAGUGUGACGGGCAGCUUAAGCCCUUUGGAGGCAGGGCUGUCUCCCUAUGGUGAAAUGCCUUUUGUAUGUGCCAUGUAUGCCAUGCCCUCCCUGUCCGAGCCAGCCUAUCCCCCUGCUAUCCUAUCCUUCACUGAGCCGGCCUAUGCCGUGAACCCUCUGAGAGUGGGUGUUCCCUCGUCCCUGGAUCCUGACCUGUACUACACCGCCCCCUCCACCCCCAUCAAGAUGGCUGCUCGCCCCUUACAUCUCAAACACCGCUCUUACCCCGGCUCCCCAGCCUCUCCCCUCUCACCAAACUCCCCCUCAGACAGUGAGGACCUGUGCUCCCCCCUCACUUCCCCUUCUGGCUCCUACGUCACGGCGGAGGGGGGCAGCUGGACCUCUUCCACCUCCCCCUGCACCUCCCCCAACCUUCUCCUGGCAGAGGAGGUCCAGGAGGCACCUGCAUGCUUUGUCAGCUCGCUGUCUGAAAUCGGAGACGAAGUGGGGGAGGAUAGGGGAGCAGUAGGGGAGAGGGCAGAGGAGAAGGGAGGAGGAGCAGCAGAGUGGCGGUUCUGCCUCUAUAAGGGUCUAGCAGAGACUGUGAUCCUGGAGGAGGAGGAGGUGCUGAGAGGGGAGGUAAGGGAGAGGAGGAGUGAGGAAGCGACAGUCUCAAGGGGUAGCUGUCGCCCUCGCUGGGUGACAGAGGACACUUCCCCAUUGAGGAGCAGCAGCGGCAGAAGCACCGACUCCCAGGAAGAUGGAGGGGAGUCGGAGGGCUCGCUCUGCCCAGCAGAGGAUGCUCUGGCUGGGGGACAGCAGUACUCAAGUCCCUUGCUGCAAAGAGGCCUGGAGCUGGAGCUGCAGGCCUGUGUGUCUGAGGAGCUUUACCCUCCCAUUACCAACCCAGAUGAUGAUGGAGCAGACUCCCCACGGCUGACCUCCAUCUCCUUCCCCUUUGCCCCAGACAUGGGGAACCUAAGCCCUCACACCUCCAGCGUCAACCCUGCCUCCUCCAACCUUACCAUGGACACCUGCUCUCCAGAUGUGUCAGACGGGGAUAACUCCAGCCCUUACGGAGAGAUGGGUACCUUCCUGCUGUUUCCAGGCUCCUACAGUGAUGAUGGAGAGAUGGAGGAGGAGGAGGAAGAGGGGAGUAUGAUCCCAGCUUCUCUGCUUAACUUCCCCCUCCACACCAGUCUCCUCUUCCAGGCAGACUCCAUGGAGAUCACUCUCUUCCCCACAGAGGAGGGGAAUGAGGGAGGAGAGGGAAACGACAGGAACGAAGGGAACGAUGUGGAUGCGUACGCGGCCGGAGAGGAGGAGGGGGACGUGGAGGAUGAUGAUGAAGAUGAUGAGGAAGAAGUGGAAGCUAAGGUAGAGAUAGAGGAGGCUAAAGUAGAAAUAGUGAAAGAGGAAGAGGUGGAUGAAGAAGAGGGUGAGGACGUUGAGGAUGAGGAAGAGGAGGAGGAGGGUGAGGGUAAGGCUGUAAAUGACCCAGCUGAAGAGGACAACUCGGCCUCCUUCCUUCAUUCACUGUCAGAAACUUCCAUCAACGAAGGGCUGGAUGAGUCCUUCUGUUUCCAUGACGACACGGACGACUCACUAGACUCCGCCUCUUAUAAUGGCGAAGAGGAUGAGCGGCUGUACAGCACAGAGAGACAUGCUGAACCACCCACAGGACCACCCACAGGACCACCCACAGGAUCACCCACAGAACCACACCAAGCCAAACCUCAGCCUGAAACCAGACCAGAGGCCCACAGCACUGAACUGUCCCAGUCCCAGAGCAGACCUAGCCUAAUCAAUCCCCCAGGUGACAAAGAGCCCCGGCCUGAGGAUCCUCCAGGACCCAGACCACCACAACCUGCACUUGCACCUGCCCAACCUGCGGAAUCAGCCCACCCCGAGUCCUCCAACAGCAGUAGUGGGAGUGAAAUGGAGAUCUCCUCAGAGUCCUCUGACCCUCCUGUCCCCGCUCCUUCUCAGGAGAGCCCUUAUGUCUCUACCCUUACCCCUAAACUUUCUACAACCCCUUACCCUGCCUUCACUAGCCCAAAGACUACUCCUGCUACCGUGUCAACCCCUAAAACCAAGCCUGCAUCUCUCUCUAACCCCAACACUAACCGUGCUCCUGCCCCUAAUGCUAAAUCUGCUACCGUCUGUACCACUAACACCAACCCUGCUACAGCCUCAACCCCACAAAAUAACUCUGCUACUUCCUCCACCUCCAAAACUAACCCUGCUACCGUAUGUACACCUGAAAUGAACCCUGCUACGGUCUCUACCCCUAACACUAACAGUUCUCCUGCCCCUAACGCUAAAUCUGCUACGGCCUGUACCACUAACACUAACCCUGCUACAGCCUCAACCCCCAAAACUACCCCAGGUACACGCUCUACCCCAAACCCUGCUGCUACUCCUAACACUAACCCUGCUGCUACUCCAAACACUAACCCUGCUGCUACUCCUAACAUUAACCCUGCUGUUACUCCUAACACUAAGCCUGCUGCUACUCCUAACACUAACCCUGCUGCUACUCCUAACGCUAACCCUGCUGCUACUCCUAACACUAACCCUGCUGCUACUCCAAACACUAACCCUGCUGCUACUCCUAACACUAACCCUGCUGUUACUCCUAACACUAAGCCUGCUGCUACUCCUAACACUAACCCUGCUGCUACUCCUAACACUAACCCUGCUGCUACAAUCGCGGAGACAGCGUCCCACAGCAAUCCUGUCACCCUGGCAACCCAGCCAUCCCAUAACAUCCAUGUGACCCUGGCAACAGGAGCAGGGCGAGUCAAAGCAGAUGCAGAGGAAGUACAGGCUGGUACGGUGAGAGAGGAGGACAAAAGGAGCAGUGCAAAGAGAGAGAAAGACAAACAGAGAGGUGGGGAGAGAGAGAAAGACAAACAGAGAGGUGGGGAGAGAGGGAAGGACAAACAGAGCGGUGGAGAGAGAGGGAAGGACAAACAGAGCAGUGGGGAGAGAGGGAAGGACAAACAGAGCAGUGGGGAGAGAGAGAAAGACAAACAGAGCGGUUGGGAGAGAGGAAAGGACAAACAGAGCGGUGGGGAGAGAGGGAAGGACAAACAGAGCAGUGGAGAUAGAAGGAAGGACAAACAGAGCGGUUGGGAGAGAGGGAAUGACAAACAGAUCGGUGCGGCGAGAGAGAAUAAUGAACAGAGCACAGAGACUUCAGACGAGGACCACACAGAGCAGACAGACAGAGACUCGUUCAAACUACUCAUUAAGCCACGCCCCUCUAAGUCAGACACACCCCGGCCUAAACAGAAGACCUCUGAGCCCCGUAAGCCGCUCCCACGUGUGUUUGGGGUGGCAGCAGCUUCAGUCCGGUCCAAACCGCUUCUGGUGUCAGUGCUGGAACUGGACAAGAAGAAAGAGAACAGCAGCGCUGAAGGUGUGGACUCCCAUCAGGUCCUUGAAGGGACCACUGCCACCAACGACCUGAACAAGGGGGUCCCUCUGCUCUCGUACCCAAAAGAGCCUAACCCCAGCAACAUCCCUGUCUCCUCCUGCCCUGAGAGCUCACCUGACCUGGCUGACAACCUGUCCCUGACCCCUGACAUCUGCACAUGUGACCCCGCCCAGGAGAACCUGAGGGAGAACUCCCUGAGCACUGAGGACGGGGGCCCUGGGGCCCUGGGCUCCCCUCACACACCCCUGGCUGUCUCUCCCAAGAGGGAGAACUCAGAGACAGAUGCAGGGGGGAGGAGAGGGGAUGGGGGCUGGAGGGCUGAUAGGAGGGGGUUAGGAGCAGGGGCCGGGGCCUGGGGCCGGGGCCUCUCUGGGGCAGGGGCCGGGGCCUCUCUGGGGCAGGGCUGUGGGUUGAAGGCACAGAGCCUAUUACUGUAUGAGGUGGAGGGACAUACGAUUGGACAGACAAUUGGACAGAAGAUUGGACAGACACUCUCCGGGCUGUCCAAUGUCGGCACAGACGAGGAUGAGGUGGGUGAUAUAAUGGGGGACGAAGAAGACAACAACAGCCUGUGUGGUCGGCCAGACAAGAUGGCAGAUGUCGAGCUUGUGGGAGAGGGAGUGCCAGAGUCCAACCUGUCCAGCUGGAGGUCCAUCGAGGAGAUAUCAGAGGCAGGGGGAGGAGAGGACGGAAGCUCCCAAUUCCCAGAGGAUGAUGUCAGCAACCUGCAGAGUCACCCGGAAAACAAGGAGGAGCAGGAAAACAACAACAUUGACUCAGUGUUCCUAUCCUCUGGAAUGCCAACCUGUGUGACUCUGAAUGCCCUGUCAGAGGAGGUGAGACACCAGAGCCAGAGUGUGAGUCUGAGGGCGUCUCUCUCAAACAUACCACUCACAGAGGUGAGAUCACAGGCUACUGCAGCCUCUGAUAGGCCUACAACAUCAACUGACAGCUCAACACACCAAUCAGACAUAAGACAGCCUUCCUUGUCCAUGGAAAGCCCUGGGCGUGUCUCACCACCAGAAGGUAAACCACAGACUGUCCCAGACCAGAGCCCUGGUUCAGUAGAGGCAGCCAUUUCCAGACCCAACAGUAACACAGAUAUUAACCCAGCAGUCAAACAGGCAGACCCUGCUCUGUCUCUGCUGGGUGGGGCAUUUGGAUCCUUCAGCCAUAAAAUCAGACCAAGCAACUCCAAGUCAGGCAGACUGUCCCAAGAAACUUCCCGAUCACUGAGGAAAGACAGAGUAGAGAAUGUCCAAGUCUCCCAAGAAAUUUCCCCAUCAGUGGGCAAAGUCACAGUAGAGAAGGUCCAAGUUUUCCAAGAAUUUUUCCUAUCAGUGGGCAAAGACACAGUAGAGAAGGUCCAAGUUUCCAAAGAAUUUCCCCCAUCAGUGAGCAAAGACACAGUAGAGAAGGUCCAAGUCUCCCAAGAAUCUUCCUUAUCAGUGGGCAAUGACACAGUAGAGAAAGUCCAAGUUUCCCAAAAUGUUUUCCUAUCAGUGGGCAAAGACACAGUAGAGAAGGUCCAAGUUUUUCACGAAACUUCCCCAUCAAUGAGCAAAGACACAGAAGAGAAAUUCCAAGUUCCCCAAGAAAUUUACCCAUCAACAAGCAAAGACAUAGUAGAGCAUGUCCAAGUCUUCCAAGAAACUUCCCUAUCAGUGGGCAAAGACACGGUAGAGAAGGUCCAAGUUUCACAAGAAACUUCCCCACCCGUGGGCAAAGACACAGUAGAGAAGGUCGAAGUAUUCCAAGAAUCGUCCCUAUCAGUGGGCAAAGACCCAGUAGAGAAGAUCCAAGUUUCCCAAGAAACUUCCCCAUCAGUGAGCAAAGACACAGUAGAGAAAGUCCAAGUCUCCCAAGAAACGUCCCCAUCAGUGGGCAAAGACACAGUAGAGAAGGUCCAAGUUUCUCAAGAAACUUCCCCAUCAGUGAGCAAAGACACAGUAGAGAAGGUCCAAGUCUCCGAAGAAUCGCCCCUAUCAGUGGGCAAAGACACAGUAGAGAAAGUCCAAGUUUCCCAAGAAACUUCCCCAUCAGUGAGCAAAGAAACAGUCGAGAAGGUCCAAGUUUUUCAAGAAACUUCCCUAUCAAUGAGCAAAGACACAGUAGAGAAGGUCCAAGUUUCCCAAGAAACUUCCCCAUCAAUGAGCAAAGACACAGUAGAGAAGGUCCAAGUUUCCCAAGAGACUUCCCCAUCAGUGAGCAAAGACACAGUAGAUAAGGUUCAAGUAUUCCACGAAACUUCCCCAUCAGUGAGCAAAGACACAGUAGAGAAGGUCCAAGUUUCCAAAGAAUCUUCCCUGUCAGUGGGCAAAGACACAGUAGAGAAAGUCCAAGUUUCCCAAGAAACUUCCCCAUCAGUGGGCAAAUACACAGUAGAGAAGGUUCAAGUUUCCCAGGAAAUUUCCCCAUCAUUGGGCAAAGACACAGUAGAGAAGGUCCAAGUGUCCCAAGAAACUUCCCCAUCAGUGGGCAAAGACACCGUAGAUGAGUUCCAAGUUUCCCAAGAAACUUCCCCAUCAGUGAGAAACGAUACAGUAGAGAAGGUACAAGUGUCCCAAGAAACUUCCCCAUCAGUGAGCAAAGACACAGUAGAGAAGGUCCAAGUUUUUCACGAAACUUCCGCAUCAAUGAGCAAAGACACAGAAGAAAAAGUCCAAGUUUCCCAAGAAUUUUCCCCAUCAGUAAGCAAAGACACAGUAGAGAAGGUGCAGGUUUUCCAAGAAUCCUCCCUAUCAGUGAGCAAAGACAGGGUACAAAGUGUGAAAAAACUCUGUUCCCAGCCUCAGCCAGAGGAGACAGAGCCACAGACGGUGAGCCAAAAAGAGGGUGGUGGCUGUCAGAAGACUGACAGGCACAUUGACCAACCAAAGACGAGUGGGGCCUUAGAAGGACAGGAGAGCAGUGUUUGUAUCUCAGGGGAAAGAUAUGUGGAGGAGAGAGCAGAGGAGAGAUUCUCUCCAACAGAGAGUGUUCCAGAACCUGCACAGCGUCAGACACCCGAGGGAGAGCUGAGCACAGAGAAAGCCAUCACUCCUCCUCAGCCAGGGAGGAGAGGGAAGCAGAGCAGAGACAGACCCAGUCAGCUGCGCAGACAAUCUCCGUCAGGCUCUGGGUCUACUGAUCACCCACAGGAACCAGCUCUCACUGCCAAGACCCUAGAAGACAUCUCCCCACCAGGGAAGCAAAAGAAUAAAAACAUGAGGGGACAAAAAUCUUCUGCAGAUACCAGACAGAGGACACCUGUGAAGGGCAAACCUGAGGCAGAGUCCAAGAGGAGAGGGGAAAACAGAAACGCCUCCAGAUCCCCGACUCCCCCUAGUCCUACCAACCUCUGCCCUAUCGCUCCCGCUCUCCUAGUCAACCAGGAAGUGAACAUGGAAGUGCACCAGGAAAUGCUUGACAACAGGCCGCUGCCUGGCUGCCAGACAGAAAGCAGGAAGGACAUCAACGAUAACAAUGUGGGGAGUGGCCAAGCCUCCUCUACAGAACACAAUAUAUCUUCUUCUCCUCCACCUCUUCCCUCCUCCUCUCCUCCCCCUCUCUCCCUCUCUCCUCUCUCUUCCUCUCCUCCCCCCAGUACCUUUACUGUGCCGCCAGAUGAGGACCUCCCCACCCCCAUACAGGAGUCCCAGCCUCUCCUCACCACAGUCCAGCCUGUCACCCCACUCCUAGACACCCAGGCUCAAUCAACUAAUCUUCAGGCAGCCUCCGCAACCCUUUCUACUACCCCUACCGCUCUUCCUAAGCAUCCCCCUAUACCCACUGAAAGUGUCCGUAUGUCCCCUACCCCCUACUCAUUCUCAUCUCCACCCACGUCAGCCUUGCCCUCGACCCCCAGUCUUACCCAGCCCACCCAGGAGUCUCUGCCACGGCUGGAGGCUCCAACCACAGUGCCUGUCCUAGACAUCCGCUGCCAGGCCCAGCCCCAGCCAAACCUCCUCACUGUGCCCAACAGACAGAUCAAGCCAGUUCAGUCACAAAGCCCACAGGACAGAGAUGGGAUGGACACAGACAGUGAUGACGAUGACACUGUUGUUCCUCUACGACGUCACAUGACUCAGCCCAGCGGGAUUGUGGGAAACGCUUCUCAUAAAGAGUCUGGCUCCUCCAAUCAACGAGAGAUACUGCUUCACUGCUCCCACCAACCAACUGAGAGACAGAUAGACUGUCCAAUCAGCCACAAGGAUUCACAGGAGCUGGAACUGUCCUUCAAAUACAACUUGGGCUCCUGCAAUGAGUCGGAGAGUGAGGGAUCAGUGCCAGAGUUGGAAGAACCAGAGGUGGUGCCACUGAGAUCCUCAGAACCCCAGCCCAUCUCUCCUGCUGAUGAGGGGAUUAACAGACCUAAGCAGAGCCGCAGUGAGAAGAAGGCCCGCAAGGCCAUGGGUAAGCUGGGCUUGCGGCCGGUCCACGGUGUGACCAGGAUCACUAUAAGGAAGUCGAAGAGCAUCUUGUUUGUCAUCAGCAGACCUGACGUCUUCAAGAGCCCCGCGUCGGACAUCUACAUCGUGUUUGGAGAGGCCAAGAUAGAGGACCUGUCUCAACAGGUGCACAAGGCAGCGGCAGAGAAGUUUAAGGUCCCGGUGGAGGCCUCCCCACUGGUGCCCCCUGCACCACCCAGCCUCACCAUCAAGGAGGAGAGCGAGGAGGAGGAGGUGGACGAGGGAGGUUUGGAGCAGAGGGAUAUAGAGCUGGUGAUGGCCCAGGCUAACGUGUCCCGUUCUAAAGCUGUCCGCGCCCUCAGACACAACACCAACGACAUCGUUAAUGCUAUCAUGGAGCUGACCAUGUGAAAGGAUGGACCCCCCCCCCAAGCAUAAACGCCACAGUCACAUCUGUAUCGCUGCUAUGUUGCAUUCUCCUUACCUGCUAAUAAACAGUCUGUUAUAACCACA